AUGUAAAAACAAAAAUACGAAGCUCGACCUUUUCGUUCGUGUUUCAUUUCUUUUUGUUCGUUUUCUCAUUCAACCCGAUGGAAGGUAACCGUGUAGCCAAACGGAGAAUCUGCGCAAGUUGAGUCGUGCCGUAGUCGUCGUUUGUAUUGAAUGUGUACGCGAGUGGAUCAUGCCUCAUGCGUCCAAAGCUGUAGAGUGCGUGGUUUAAAAAAGAUUAAAUGGAUGCCAUCAGCCAGCAGAAAGGCGUCUUUUGCAAACAGUGUUUGUGGAUUUGAUAGUUUUGCAAUGUUAGUGAUAUGUAAAUUCAGUGCCAGUGAAUAAGAAGUAAUAUAUUCUUUUGGCUGCGAAAAUUGUUUUUCGUAAUACAUAUUGCACAAAACGAAUUGUUAUAAAACACGAAUUAAAAAUGGAUACACCAAAGCGAAUCAAAACCAUUGCUUCACAUUACGUUAGCAGUCCUCCCAAUGGAGUGCUGUCGGGAUUGGAAAGCACAACUCCGGUUGGGAAUAAUCAUGAUCCUGUUCAUCAGCAUACCUCUUGGAGUUCUGGUGGCUGGCCACCGGAAACGUUAAGAAGCCCAGCGUCCAAUUGCAGUUCACCGGAAGCUUUGUUUGGAAGAAUCGGUACACCAACCGGACCAAACAGCGGAAAUGCCAGCAAUGGUUGGAAACAGCAGACGGGCUCGAAUUCCGCGGAGAAGUCAGAAAAUAAACGAGGCCGUCCGCGGUCGGAAGCCCUGACAACACUGAUGGUCGAAGGAUCGAUUUCGCCAUCGGCUAUCAAGUGCCGCUACUGCAACCGAGUUUUCCCGAGAGAGAAAUCACUGCAAGCGCAUCUCCGGACCCACACAGGAGAACGUCCAUACCAGUGUGACUACCCGGGAUGUACCCGUGCCUUCACCCAAAGCGGUCAGCUGAAAACUCACCAACGGUUGCACACAGGCGAGCGUCCCUUCAUCUGUUCGGCGAUCAACUGCCAGAUGCGUUUCACCCACGCCAAUCGUCACUGCCCGGAUCAUCCGUACGAUACGCUGAAACGGUGCGAUGAUUUCGUUAUUCAAACCGUACCGGAACAGAAUGGCGAGGUGCUCAAGUGGCUAGAGAAGUAUCGAGCCGAAAGGGAAGAUCGAACGCCCACUCGGAAGACACCGAAGCGGACAAGUCACGCUACUCAGAAUGAGAACGAAAAUCAACCCCGGCCGGCGACAAACAAUGAAAACUAUAUGGUGAACGGAACGGCUUUCCAAUCACCGAUGACGCCCCGAUCACCGUUUAAAAGUCGCAAAGGUUUGAUGUGCGAGCUGGAUAUGAACGCCGGUAUGGGAUUGUCCGCUAGCCCGAUUACGGCUAAAACCAAACCCAAUGUUCCAAAACUGAUACAAUGGCAGGAACCAACUAGCCAAGAAGAGGAUGACUCUGGUGACGAGUCUCAUGGCGGUGUUACAAUUCAACAUUCUACUUUCAACCCAAAAAAGAAAUGGCUUCGAGAUGCCUGGCAGGAAGAUCUGGCUAAACCGCUGGAACCGAGCCUUAUUUCACCACAAGCGCUAUCGAGCACAACUUCCACGGCGGCUCUGAAGCAACAGCUCAAUCAGGAAAGUGCCCCAGUGAUUCACGAAACUGUAACCGUCGAUCCAAAUCAGAUGCGUCCAACUGUAUUGAUGGUGGCAAGUAAGGAUUGCGCUCGCCCAUUGAAUGACCAACCGGCGGAACCAAGAGUUGAGACACGAACCCGUCGCCCUGAGGAAACAAAUCGUAAGCUUCAGGGUGCUUUGGCGCUAAUGCAACUAGCUACUGAAGAUUCCGUAGCAGCACUCAUGAUGGCUGCUCCUUUCGAACCCGUUGAUACUCAGGAAGUUACUUGUCUGAACAAUACUCCUCCGACUAUUCCGCAGUCAACUACGUGUUCGUCACCAGCAAUGGUUGUUAAUUCAUACCUCGAGCAGCGUCCUCUGCGAAUACCGAUGCUCUCCUACAGACCGGGUGAAAUUGAUCACAGCAUCCCAUUUACACUCGCCGCUGAAGCUGUCGCCAGUAGCUAUCACCGGUUGUAAAGCUCUACUGUUUGUACUAAAAUACUUGAAAUUCGAUCUCUUCAGUCUGCCUGUUUAUAUAUUUUUUAUAAAUUUUAUAUGACUUUAUUCUUCUAUUUGUAUAAUAUCCAAAGAAAAAACUACCCCCAGAAAAGAUAGCGAAAGGGUAUCGAUCGCACUUAGUAAACUUUACCCUGUGAUGUAUCUGUGUAUCCUAAUUUUUAAGUGCUGUUUGUCUCAUAUUAAAAGAAUUGAGGAGUUAUAUUUUCGAUUUUAAUCAUUUCGCGUACAGUAAAUUGCUUUUACUAUGUAUAUUUGCGAAAAAUAAAUAAAAAUAAAAACAAUUUUGCAUCGAUUGAAUCCCUAAAGAUUGAUAUUUAUUGCAUAAUGAAAAUACAGCAGAAGUCAGUGACAGGUUUUUGUUCAAAGUUACGUAAUGCUAAACAGGCUCAGCAUUUAGAGACUAAAACUGAUGGUUGUGUGAAAAUAGUUAUACGCCACGCUGGUACACUAUUACAUUUAACGAGAUAUUUUUGUUCGAAACAGCUAUGCCUUUAAGAAAUGUACAUCAAAGAGUA